GUCUCGUUUUUUUUUGACAUUCCGGAAAACGCGAACUUCUCAGUGUUUUGGUUCAUCUAAAGUUAUUAUUUUAACAUGUUUGCUUUUAUAUAUUCGUGAAUGUGCGUUGUUAUAGUGUUAGACCAAUGUGCACACGUGUAAAUAGUUAAACCUGGACAUGGAGGAGGCUGAAAAGGAGCCAAAGAAGGACGCGUCUGCAGAGGAGUUUGUGGCUCUGUCUGAUUUCACAGCCAGUGGUUCGGACCAGCUUUCUUUCCUGUGUGGGGACAGGCUGCUGGUCCAUGCAAGGCCUUGUGAGGACUGGUGGUGGGCUGAGUUGAGGGAGGACAUGGUGGGCUAUGUCCCGGCCAGUCACCUGCUCCAGUGCCGCAUCAGCACCAGAACCGACAGUCCCACCUUGGACACCGGACCUGUGCCCAGGGAGAAGGAGGAAGGCCUGGAAGACAAAGCUGAGCCCGGGGAGCAGGAAGAGGACCUAGAAGACCCCUGGCAGGAUGUGGAGUACUUUGGCAGCUAUGGAACCCUAAAGCUUCAUCUGGAGAUGCUGUCGGACCGUAGUCGUACCGAGGCCUACAGACAGGUGGUGCUAAACAACAGGGACUUUCUCAGGGACAAAGUGGUGAUGGACCUCGGCUGUGGCACUGGCAUCAUCAGCCUCUUCUGUGCCCAGCUCGCACAAACUGCCAAGGUAUAUGCGGUGGAGGCCAGCCCGAUAGUGGAGUACACGCGGCGCCUGGUCAGACAGAAUGACUGUGAGGACGUGGUCUGUGUGCUGCAGGGGAGAGCAGAGCAGGUCCAGCUGCCUCAGAGGGUGGAUGUUCUGCUGUCUGAGUGGAUGGGCAACUGUCUGCUGUUUGAGUUCAUGGUGGAGGCAGUGCUGCUGGCCCGACAGCGCUGGUUGGCAGAGGGAGGUGUGAUGUGGCCCUCUUCCGCAGCCCUGCUCCUGGUGCCCUGUCAGGCCCACAGCUUUUACACAGAGACGAUGACCUUCUGGGAGCGCCCCUACGGACUGGACUUCAGUCCACUGCAGCCAUUGGCGCAGCAGGAGUUCUUCACUAAACCAAAGUUCAGCCAUGUUCUGGAGCCACAGGACUGUCUGAGCACGCCCAGUGAGGUCCUCUUUCUCAACAUGUACACGCUCACGGUGCAGGACCUGGAGGAAAUGGAGGGACAGUUUGACUUCCUUGUGGACACACCGGGGGAUUUCCAUGGAUUCUGUGCCUGGUUCACUGUUGGAUUUGAGAGUCUGCAGCCCGGAGGAGAGGCAGUCCAGCUCGACACCGGACCCUUUUCUGAGCCGACACACUGGAAGCAGACCCUGUUCAUGCUGGACAGUCCCGUGAGUGUCCACCAGGGGGAGAGUAUUAGAGGGUCCAUUGUCUUGCGCAGAAACCCCACCUGGAGACGUCACUUGUCCAUCACUUUUGACUGGGUCCAUUACAGCCCCUCAGAGAACCAAUACAAGAUUGGAUCAAAGACAUUCCCUAUGUGGAGGUGACAUGACCAAAUGAUUCUGAGAUGCUUGUCACAGUGGUUCCCAAAGGACUCCAGUUUGGCAAAGGUCUUGUUGCACACUCGGCAGUGGU